AUGUUUGGAAGCUUUAAGAAAUCCAUGAUGGCUGAAUUUGAAAUGUCUGAUCUUGGCAUGAUGCAUUACUUUCUUGGCAUAGAAAUGUUGCAGUCUUCUAUCGACAUUCUUAUUUCUCAAAAGAAAUAUGUGGGAGAAAUCUUGGACAGGUUUCAGAUGAAAGAUUGUAAUUAUGUGAACACACCAUCUGAGUUUGGUUUGAAGCUAAACAAAGAUGAUGGAGGAAAGAAGAUUAAUAGUACUCUUUACAAGCACAUUUUGGGGAGCUUAAUGUAUUUGACUGCAACAAGGCCUGAUAUAAUGCAUGCUAAGCAACCAAUCGUCACAUUGUCAACCAUUGAAGCUAAAUUUGUUGCAGCAACAGCUUGUGCUUGUCAAGCUAUUUGGGUGAAGAAGAUUCUUAAAGAGUUGCAGUUCAAAGAAGAUGGGCUUACUGUCAUUUACUGUGACAACAGUUUAGCAAUAAAAGCUCUCAAAGAAUCCUGUUCUACAUGGUCGAAGCAAGCAUAUAGAUGUGAAGUAUCAUUUCUUGAGAGAUCUCACAAAUAA